AUGUCGUUUGUCCGUGCUGUGGUUUCUCGCUCGGCUGCUCUCCGUGCUGCGCAGCCGACGCUCCGCCGCUUCAACUCGUUCACGCCGAACCCUGAGGCUGCGAAGGCCUUCAUUGACGCUCGUCAGCACGCUUUCGAGCACGCUGCUCAGUCGACUUCGCUGUGGCGCAAGAUCAGCCUGUACGGCAUGAUCCCGAGCGCUGCUGUUCUGGCUGUGUACAUUUACAAGAUCGAGUCGGAGCACGCCGCCCACCAAGCUCACGUUCUCGAGGAGAACGGUGGUGAGCUGCCGGAGCGCCCAGACUACGAGUACCUGAACAUCAAGAACAAGAAGUUCCCUUGGGGUCAGCAGUCGCUCUUCUACAACCCGAAGGUGAACUACCCCUCGCCUGAGAUGUAA